UUGAUUCGCUCCGCGCCCCGUCGGGCAGUUGGCGCAUGCGCGCGCCGGUCAGCCAGCCAGCCAGCGGGGAGGGAGCGGCGGCGCGCGGCGGCGAUGGACGCGAGUCAACUGAAGCAGGAGCACCUGCUCGCCCUCAAAGUGAUGAGAUUAACAAAACCAACGUUGUUUACCAAUUUGCCAGUGACCUGUGAAGAUAGAGACCUUCCGGGGGAUCUGUUUAGUCAACUAAUGAAGGAUGAUCCUUCUACAGUUAAAGGAGCAGAGACUUUCAUGUUGGGUGAAAUGUUGACUCUUCCUCAGAACUUUGGGAAUAUUUUUUUAGGUGAAACCUUUUCAAGCUACAUCAGUGUACAUAAUGACAGUACGCACAUUGUUAAGGAUGUUUUAAUUAAGGCUGAUCUUCAGACCAGCUCUCAACGUUUAAACCUGUCGGCUUCUAAUGCUGUAUUAGCUGAACUUAAUCCUGAUCGUUGCAUUGAUGAUGUGAUUCACCAUGAAGUGAAGGAAAUUGGAACGCACAUCUUGGUCUGUGCAGUUAGUUACACUACACAAGCUGGAGAGAAGAUGUACUUUAGAAAAUUCUUUAAAUUUCAGGUCCUUAAACCACUUGAUGUAAAGACCAAGUUCUACAAUGCUGAAAGUGACCUCAGUUCUGUGACGGAUGAAGUAUUUUUGGAAGCUCAGAUACAAAAUAUUACGACUACUCCAAUGUACAUGGAAAAAGUUUCACUCGAGCCAUCCCUCAUGUACAGUGUAACUGAACUGAACACUGUCAAUACCGGAGCGGAUGGAUCCUCCACAUUUGGGAAAAUGACCUAUCUGCAGUCCAUGGACACAAGGCAAUAUCUAUACUGCCUCAAACCUAAACCUGAAUAUUCAGAGAAAGCUGGGGUCAUUAAAGGAGUCACAGUUAUUGGAAAAUUGGACAUAGUCUGGAAAACAAACUUGGGUGAGAGAGGACGGCUACAAACAAGUCAGUUGCAAAGAAUGGCACCUGGGUAUGGUGAUGUAAGACUAUCCCUGGAGAUGAUCCCAGAUACUGUAAAUCUUGAAGAACCGUUUGAAGUUACAUGUAAAAUAACUAAUUGCAGCAGUGAGAGGACUAUGGAUCUGGUACUUGAAAUGUGCAACACAAAUGCAAUCCAUUGGUGUGGAGUUUCAGGAAGACAGCUUGGAAAGUUGAGUCCAAAUUCAUCUUUACAUCUUGCACUCAAGUUAUUGGCUUCUGUGCAAGGUUUACAGAGUAUUUCAGGAUUACGACUUAUGGAUACAUUUUUAAAAAGAACAUAUGAAUAUGAUGAUAUUGCACAAGUAUGCGUAGUCUUUUCACACUUGAAGCCAGAAAGCUAGAGGCAUCAGUAAUGAUAUCACAUUCCUGUGGUUAACUGUGGAUCAAUAGAACUGUUUUAAUGAUGUGGCGUAUUUUUUCACUUGCAAAAGCACCAUGUUGACAUAAACCAAACAUGUAAAAUGUAAAACUUAAGAUAUUGAGCAAGUGAGUGCAAUGAAACACUGUACCUUGGAUCCUAAUUUCAAAUCCAGUGCAAACUGAUCUGAGGGUAAUAGUCGGUCUGCUUGUUGGAAAUUAAAAAAUGGCACUUAAGUUUGAACAGCUGCAAUCCAUUUCUUUAUGGUAAUAACCAAUUAUGUGAAAUUGAUAGAUCAAUGUCAGCAUUGCCUGUCCUGAGUAUCUCCAGCAUUUUCUGCUUCUAUUCUAAGUCUUAUUUGUCACUUAAUUGGUAAUCUCAUGCAGGAAUGCUUAAUGAGCGUGGAAAAUAUUAAACUGUCACACGCAAAAGCAGAAUGCGUUUCUGAGGUUGGUGCAAGAGGAUAUUUUGGGCACAGAGGAAGCUUUUAAUCUAAUUGUGCUGUACCUGUUCCGCUGAUGUUUGAUAAUGAAAAUGUCCAAGCUGGUGUGCUCUGUACUACUACACUUCAGCUCGCACUGAGAAUAAAGUCCACACUUUUUUUAAAUGUUUGCACAAAAAUGGUUUUAACUUUAUGCAAUAAAGCUUAUUGAACUUUUAGAAA